CGUCUGGAUGCACAGCGCUUCUCAUUUGGAAAAAAAAAAAUCUGAAAGUUUUCCCGUGGAUCAUUUCUCACCUUAAUUAUCAUAGAAGUCGCUGAAGUUUGGACUUUAUUUAAAAAAUAAAAAAGCGGGGAGAACUCCGCUGUGAUUAGGAAACUGUUAACUACCCGGAAACUCCUGCGCGCCUUGGUUCAUCAGCCUAUCAUUGGACGCGCCAGAGAUCAUUUUGCUGAAACAGAUCCAUACAAAGACGCAGGAGGAAUCAACUUUAAAAGAAUCUGUUGAUUCAAGGCACCAACUUCAUUAUUUCUGGCAGAAAACAGAGCUGUCCACGGAUCAUCCUGCCUGGAGAGAUAUCUGGUGACCUUUUUCUGUCUCAGCUAUGGCAUUAAAUGAGACAUCUACAUGAAGUGCUCUGGUAUCUAGGAGAAACCUUAAAGGACAUCUUUGUACUUUAUCUGAGAAAGUCAUUUUGUCCCCCCCCCCCCCUCCUUUUGUGGUGUGGACUUUCAUGACAAACUGUUGAGACUUUGAUCCAUCAGAAGAAUACCUAAUUUUUUUGUUUUUGUUUUGUUGUUGUAAUGGUGAGACAGCAGGACAAAAAAAUAAAUAAAUAUUAAGAUAGAUAUAUUGAUGUGAGAUAACUGGACAAUUCUUAAAAGGGAAUCUUAAUCUCCGUGAAUGAUUUUCCGUUCUUGGCUAACAUUUUUUCUUGUAAUAUUUGAACAACCAAUGCUCUAAUACCUCCUACAUCUCCCCCCCUCAACGUCUCUUCUCCAUUUUUCCUUCCAAACUGUUACCUGGAGAGGCUUCAUCGUGGCCGGCACUAUUCCAGCCAAGGGGGAGGAGGACUUCCUCACACUGGCCGCCUCUCGGCUUAGCCGCAGGAAACGUGUGAUCGUAGCUGCUGUUGGCGUGGCCAUGGUUCUGAUUCUGUUGGUUGCUAUUCCCCUUCUUGUUCACACAACCAAAGGUGGCAGCGCUGGGGGAACAGGGAACCAUUAUGAAAUGCUUGGAAGCUGCAGGAUGGUGUGUGAUCCUUACGCUACUUCUCAACCUGGUCAGGAAUUGAUAGCUGUGUCUUCGCCCCCCCAGGAAUACUCUGGAAAGAAGAUAAGGUCUGGGCUUCGAGGGCCUCCUGGGAACCCAGGUCCUCCAGGAGAACGUGGGCCCCCGGGGGAGCCAGGGAAACCGGGGCCGCAGGGGCCCCCCGGUCCUGGUCCGGGGGGUUAUUCUCCCUCCAUCUACACCCCUAAAAUUGCCUUUUAUGCAGGGCUACGCAAGCAGCACGAGGGCAGCGAAAUACUGAAAUUUGAUGACGUGGUCACCAAUGUUGGUAAUUACUAUGAGCCCAGCACCGGAAAGUUCACCUGCCCUCUGCCUGGCAUCUAUUUUUUCACCUACCAUGUACUAAUGAGGGGUGGUGAUGGCACUAGCAUGUGGGCAGACCUGAAGAAGAAUGGACUGGUAAGAGCAAGCGCCAUUGCACAAGAUGCUGAUCAGAACUACGACUACGCAUCCAACAGCGUGAUCCUGCAUCUGGACGUCGGUGAUGAGAUUUGCGUGCAGCUGGAUGGCGGAAAAGUCCACGGAGGAAAUCAAAAUAAGUACAGCACUUUCUCUGGAUUCCUUAUCUACCCGGACUGAAGCUAAAUUAACAGCCAGAGAGGAGAAAGGAAAGGAAGCAACGGACAAGGGUUGACACACAUCUACAUUAUGGAUGCAAAUAAAUGCACAUAAGGCAAAAUCCACACACAUACAUGCAUGUAAUCACAUGUGCACACACCUACAUAAACAUCUGAUAGCAUUACGAUGGAUUGCAUUGAAUUAAAGUAAGAAUUAAAUUAAAGUGUAAGAUACCGAGCCAAUCAUCAGCAGCAACAGUAUUUAUAUGAACCUUAUUGUGCAAAUAGAAAUAUCAGGAUACUAUAUGGUACAGCUUAAAUAAACUAUUUAACACCAAGGCUCAGAAAUAUCUUAAGUAUUACAUUGUAAUCUAUAAUAACUGACAUGGUAAGAACACAGGUAAAACAAACACCAUAGGUUGGAUAAUUAACAUUCUAUAAUGGUGUUAUGGAGAGGAAAUUGAGGCAAAAUCAUGUUUAUUGUUUAUGUUGAAAUAUUGUCUUUCAGUAUGUAAUUUCCAUUCCAAUAAUCUUUGCAGCUCCUUUGGAGUACACACAGAAGAAUAUUUACACAACAGUUUAGAUGAUAUUUGAUCUGAGAUAAGGCACA